UGAUAUUGGUAUCUUACAAUUAAUGUAAACUUCGCGAUGAUUGAAUUCAGUUUUUUUUAUUUUACAUGUUAGGAGAAUUUAAAUAAUAAAACAAAUAAGAAACAGAAGAUACCAAGAUGUAAUCCUAAUAAUGACAAAAGGAACAUACAUUUAUAAUAUAUCGUGUUCUAUGUAUAGUUACGUAUGCUUUUCUUACUCAUAACAGACCUUGCAUACUACUACUAUUACUAUUACUAUUACUACUACUACUAUUAUAAUACUACUUGUAGCUUUGAAAGUUCUCGUUGACUAUUUAUUGUCUACCUUGCCAAAGACAUUAAGAAGACGCCAAGAGGCCAAGUAAAAAAAAAAAGAUGCAAAAUAUAAUGAAAUCAGGGAGAAAGAGAGAAAUAGAAAUAGGAAAGUGAAUAAUACAAAGUAUUUAUGUUAAGAGGAUCACGAAUAUAAUUCAAUUUGAGAAAAGAAGUGUUACAUGGGGAUAGAUAAAGUCGAGGUUUGACAAAAUACGUUAAAGUAAUUCGUUAGGAAUAUUUUUCAAAAUAUUCGAAAAUUUUUCCUUCAUUUCGAUUCGACGAAAGUUUCAUGAACAUAACUAUACUGAAAUUGAACGUAUAAUAGUAAUGUAAUUAGUAUACCUGACGUUUGAUUUAUAAUCCUAAAAUGAGACUCGACACGUGUAAGUGACACCUUCCUAAAGUAAAAACAGGGUUAAAGGAUUUUCUAAUCGAAUUCUAAUCGGAAUAAACGAAUAGACGUCAAUUUAUCCACGUUACAAGCCGAUUGGUGUUACCUGGAUUGAUGAUAUUUUUGAGAUUAUCCUUGGAAAAAUAUUUCUCUAUUAAAAAAUAACAAUUUGGUUAUUCGUUUUAUAAGUUUAACUAUAAUACCAGAAUCUAAAUUAACGUUCUCUGUUUUAGAAAAAUAUUCGUCUAUAUUCUAAAGUUAUCGAAAUAAAUAAAUAAAUAAAUAAAAAAAGAAAAAAAAGCAAGCGGUCAUUGGUCGUGCACGUUUAAAAUCUAUUUCAAUCGGUAUAUUAAUAAUUAUUAUUAACACGAGAUUAGCGAAGAGUAAGCAAAAGAGAGAGACAACUGGAUCGAACGAUUAGCCAACGGUUUGACAAAAAUUUAAACGAUUCCAAAAUGGAUAGUAGGGGUUGUUCAUGUGUGAGAGUAGGCGAAACGGUUUUGCGCGAGUGAACGCAGUUAAUAUAACAGUUAUGAAUUUGGCUCGUUGAAGUAAAGAAGGAAGGUAGGAAAGUAGGAAGGAAGGAAGGAAGGUAGAAAAGAAGGGCGAGGAAGAGAGGUUACGUUCGAUCUGGCAGUAUCAAGUCGACAGUCUAUGAAGGUGUAAUAGUAGUGCGCGAACCUGCUGAUCUAGGUUUCUAGUUUUACCUUAGUAUCGUUCAUUUACCGAGGUCAAGGUUUCGAAGAAAAUAAUUCGGUCGAUGAACGCGUGAAUACUUUGAAUAGUUUGUAAUACUUUAAUUAAAUAUCAGUUUCUCUAUCUUUUACUUCAUUUUGCAUCUUUUUAUUCUUAUUCCAUCUGUUACACAACAUAGAUUCACGUAACUGUUCAAUGAUAAAUUUAAAUUCUUCCAAAGAUUAAACGUAAUGAUAUAUAUAUGACCAAUUAUAUCGUCAAAAGAGUUUACAUAUGAUACUUAUCCUCGAGAGUAAGAUAGGAAGGGAUGAUUAUUCAGUCAAGUUUUAACGAAAUACGAUUGAUAAAUAAUAAAGACUCCCUUUACUGCGCAAAGGGAGUCAAUAACGUGGUCUGACCUAUACGCGAUGGAUGAUCGUACAUUAAACAGGUUCUAUUAUCUAUUCAUUACACACACGGGGCAUCAUAAAAUGAUCCUUUAAUAAGAUAAACGGCAUAUGACGUUAAUUAAACUGCACCUGCAAACAACAAACAACAAACAAGAAUAACAAGAACAAGAACAAGAACAACAAGUAUCAUCAUCGUCAUUGCUUUUGCGUUGCUUAUUUCUAUCAAGUUAAAAUAUGUCAUCGGUUAUCUAACUAAUCUAGCCGAAAAAGGGAAGAAAAAGUUAAUUCAGCAUCAAUCAUGAAUCUUAUGUUCCGCAAGAACUUCGGCGUGGAGAAGGGUGCCGGUGGUGGUUUAACGGGAACCGGAGGUGGUGUUGGUGGUGGUGGAUUGGGAGAGAGUAAACUCGGCGGGACAUUUGGAGGAGGUGGUGGUGGAGGAGGCGGAGGAGCAGGAGGGGGAAGUGGAGUUUAUGGUGGUGUAACGUGUUUGGGUCUUGGAAAUCGUUACGGUAUUACAAGAGGUCAAUCGGUAAUAUCUGGACGCGGAGCAAUAAGACGCAGCAGAGAAUUCGGCUAUUUUCCGUCAAUGGGCGAUCACGAGCACCAGAGUUUCGGUUAUCGAACUCAUCUCUUCCUAUCACCACCCACAGGUGGACCAUUGGGUGCACCACCCGAUUCCGAUGCUGGCGAACGAUUGGGACCCUCGCCCAGGCGCAAUUCUGGCCCCCACGUUAUCAAAUGGGGUGGCGGUGGUGGGGGAAAUUCUGCCACAGCGCAAGGCCCAGUCUCGGCCAAUCAAAGCAAGAGGAAGCAAAAUCAACAAUCGAAGGAACCGUCCGAACCGGCAACCCCGACUGCCUCUAGACAGGUGUCAUUUAGCGGUAAUAAAUCUUCCGGUGCCUAUACACCCCUUGUCGUAUCCGGUAAUAGUCCACCACGUGGUGAACCGAUUUCCCUAGCCACGUUGGACCGAGACUGCUUCAUCAUACCACUCGCAUCAUUGGAAAGAUUUCUACCAGCUGGUGUACCGAGCGCCCCAAUAGCGGACAAGAAAAGAUCAGGCAGUCCACUCUCGAUUUUGGAGGUAGAGGACCCAAAGCAAUGUGUUCUUGCACAUUUCAUGACACCCUUGGAACCCUUGGAUCCUUUGGUAGAGUCUCCUGUUUCAAGACCACUCGUCCUGCAACGUGACACCGCUGCAGAACUCGUUGCAGAGAUUGCACCUUCCGCUUCUCAAAGUAUUUUACUAACGAAUAUGGAAAAAAACGCUGACUUCCCGUUCAUAACGUAUUAUCUGAUAAAUAAGCAGAACACGGAUCCUCUAGAUUUUUACAACGAAGUUCAAUGCGCGGCCUUGAGAAAGUUCGAUCCACGGGACCUUAGAUAUGCUGCUAGUCAUACUUUGGAUUUAUUCAACGAAGUUGCUACGAUAGCCAGACCACCGUUGGAACCACCAGGUGGUAGACCACCUAUUCCGUCCACCGGUUACAUAGUUUCGAUCUUCAAAGUAUUCGAAGGUGACGAUGGUCUCAAGUUCGAACAAAAUUGGCUUUAUUGGAGCGGUGCCAGAAUGAUGUAUCGAUAUUUACCAAAAUCGGUUGGACUUAGGCGAAUAACAUUGCACAAAUCGAUGUCGCAGGGUGACAAAAUGUAUCUACUGAUUUGCGAAUGUUCCCAACUGCAAGACAAUCUAUCCGCAGCGGCAAUAUUAUUGCCGGCAUUGCGUGCACGAUUAUGCGGAUACACUGGCCUUUACAGGCCCUCCGUAUGUUUCUGAUUUCUCCCUAAAAAAGCUCGAACGUUCUAUAUAAUACGCAGGAACGUAACUAGGUGAGCCAAAAAAUGAUCCUUAUCGGUUUACUCUGCGCGUAUAUUUAUAUAUAUACACACACAUGCAUACAUACACGCGUGAUUGUAAUUUUGGGAUAAACUUGAAUCUCUCUCUUUCUCUUUCUCUCAUUUUCUGUCUCUCUCUUUCUCUAUCAUAGAUAUUAUUAAAUUUUAUUGUCAAACAAUAUUGCUACGAACUAUCGAAGAUACGCUUUAUCUUGAUAGAAUUUAUACUAACACACACAUACGUAACGGCGCGACACAUUUUAUUAUGAUAACAUUUUUUUUUUGUUUUUUUUUUUUUUUAGAAAGCAAACGAGAAAACAUUUUCUACCAGAAAAUUUAUAACCUCUGAUUUUUCUAUGAGACGUUUCAGAUCUGUACGAGAGAGGAAAGAAAAAUUCGGUUACGAAUAUUCGUCAACGAACAAACAACAAUUGUUAUAUCCAUAAAAAUAAAUCGUAUUUGUAUAUUAUACAUCGGGGAUAAUGCUACUAGAAAGAGAAAGAGAUAUAUUAUGGAACUUCGUAACAAAUUUCAGCGUAAAAUAAUAAAGGACGGGAAUGGGGGGGGAGGAGGUCGGAAAGGGGGAAGCGUAGAAAAGAAAAAAAAAUCAAUUCAAUACUUCGCACGUAUUCAAUAAUGCUUUAGACGAUAUUUGAGUAAUAAAAAAAGAAAAGAAAAGAAUUAAAAAAAAAAAACAAACAUAUAUUAUAUAUCUCAAUUUUUAACGUCUCUGCUCGCCUAGUUACGCCAACUGGCCAUUUGUAUUUUUCGAUUUUAUAACAUGAUCAUAGCAAUAUCAUACAAUCGGUCAGUUCAUUAUCGAACCAGACCGAUUUACGUUGAACGCAUAUAUAUAUACAUAUAUAUAAU